GCGGAAGUUACUAUAUGUACGAAGAUGGCGGAUACAAGAGGGCUACUGCUCGUUCUCCUGCUUUGUGCCAGCGCUAGGGCAACAGAGCCCGCUGGGAAUGUAGACUCCCUGCUGGGGGACAGCGCGUCUUGUCACGGUGUGUGUGAGGCAACCUACCCCCUGCAUACCUACCCCGAGGAGGAGGAGCUGUUUGCCUGUCAAAGGGGCUGUCGCCUCUUUUCUAUCUGCCAGUUUGUGGAUGAUGGAGAGGACUUGAACAGAACUAAAGUAGAAUGUGAAUCAGCUUGCUUGGAAGCUUAUCCACAAUCCACCGAGCAAUUUGCUUGCCACUUGGGCUGCCAAAGUCAGAUGCCUUUUGCAGCAAAGCGUCAGGAAGAGCUUGCUGAUUUAGCCCCUCGGAUUCACAUCCUUUUUCCCCUUGCCUUUGUGGGAGCUUUCAUGAGAGACAUGAUGGAUUCUGCACAAAGUUUCAUUAAUCCAUCAUGGACCUUUUAUGUUCAGGCAGAUAAUGGGAGAAUUAUUGUUGUCCAGUCGGAAUCUGAAAUCCAGCAUGAUCCAGAAAACUUUUUGCCAGAAAAGGCACAAUCUGCAGAACGCUUUCUAGACAAAAUAUCCUUAGAUCUUGUGCCUGGUGAAUCUACAGAACAGUCUGGAGAAGAAAGAACUUGGAACCAGCGACCUGACUUACUUGAUCUUGAUGAAGGCAACAACUUCUUAAAGUGCUUCUCCACGAAUUCUAAUUGGCUUCUUUCCGCCACUCUGGUCCUAUCUGUCUUGGUCCUUCUAUGGAUUUGUUGUGCAACAGUUGCUACAGCUGCAGAUCAAUACAUCCCUUCUGAAAAGCUGAGUAUCUAUGGGGACCUGGAAUACAUGAAUGAGCAGAAAUUGCACAGAUAUCCCCCUGCAACUCUUGUUGUUAUCCAUGGGAAAACAGAAGAAAGUGAAGAUGCAGGACCUUUGCCGACAAAGGUGGACCUAAUGCGGUCAUCCAUAUAAUCCUGGCAAGCAGCUGCUGUUCUGUCAUAUUGUCACCUCUCGUACAGCCAUAUGCAGCACAGGAAUCCAUUCUUUAACAACAGAAAUCAAAUGAUGUUGCUGCCAUCUUUCCAAUCCAUAAUCUUUGGGAAAAGGAAAUCUUUAUUAUGGGAUUGUUGCUGGAAGUGUAGUUCCUGUGAUGCAGAUUGCUUUGGUGGUAGGAAAGAUUUUGCCUUAUUAAAGGCAUUUAGCAUAUUUCUUUGAUUGAAUUACUUCCCUAAUUUUUAAAUCUUUUUACAAUAUUUGUUGGUGGGAACCAUACAAGAUAGAUUAAAUAUAUUUUUGUUUAAAUCCAACAAGCCUUUGGGGCUAUAUUGGGGAGGAUUCAUUGUUUAGUUAAUAAGUUAGGUAUUUCAGGUUGUUACUGCUGCAGUAGCAUUUAUAAGGAGGUAGAGAUAUCCAGAUUUGUGCAAUAAGAAAGACUGCUACAUAAAUAUGGUAACUCUUUCAAUCAGUUAGAAACUUCCACUGAUUUUUAAAUCAUACAGAGUACUUAAUACUGUGUUAGUUAUUGGUUGUUAAUGGUGAUAGUUGUGGAGAAAUAUCUGACACAAAGAAGUAAUGUAUGUGAAAAGCUUCGACUGGCUAUUUGUUCAGCAGUCGCAUCAUCACAGACCAUUAGGUGUUAUGGCACAAAUUUGGGGUGACUGAAUUUGAGGGUGUAUUCUUUACAAGGUGACUAAUGUAUAAUGCAGUUUUUUUCCAUAUUAAAAUGUUACUAUAAAA